AUAACAUUAAUUUUUUUGUGAAACCUUCUAAACAUAUUAUUUUGAUGAUUUAAAGUGAAAAACAAAAUGUGGAGGAAAAUCGUGCAUCAGUCCCUUUAAAACGCUGAAAUUGAACAUUGUGAAACAGGUAUUAGGCCAAGUAAAAUUAAUUAGUAGAUUAUCAUUCCCGCCCGCCCCUCGAAAAUCGCCCCGCCCCGUUUUUUUUUUAUUUUUCAAAAUUACGAUUUCCGGAUAUUUUUAUGCCCGGUCCCUAUUGUAAACGUACUUUGUUUCACUUUGCCUUUUAGAAACCCAAAUACACAUGUAAUUAUGAUUUAUAAAGCUUUUUCUCAAUGAGAGAAGGCAUUUUCGAGGUCAAGAAUACCAUGGCGAAAAAUAAAAAAUAAAAUCCUCCCACCCGCCCCAUUUUUUUGUGGAGUUUGAAUGAUAAUCUACUAAUUAAUUUUACUUGGCCUUAUGAAGACUUGAGAACAAACCAAAAUUUAUCCGGUUACCACAUUUUUUAGUCUAAAUUUUCAGCUACAGAUUGUUUUCCCCGAUAUAAAAAAGCAUUUCUCUCAAAGCAACUUGAUUUUCCACUUGAAAGACACUCCACUUGUUAAAAUCCGAAACAUUCAAUCGAUUUACCCCCAAUCGAAGUUAACACUCGGGAUGUCAGGGCUAUUGGUUUAUAGGUGAAACCUCCACAUAGAAUUUUAACUCUUUGUUGACAUCUUGAAGUCUAUUGACACAGCUCAAACAAAACUGAUUGCAUACAGUCAUCCCACCGCACCAAAAAAAAAAAAAAAAAAAAAAAAGAAACUUUAAUCAAAGAUGUUACUUAUUUGGAACGGUUAUAAAAAAUACCACUGCAUGUAUAUAUAAAUUGUUUUUGUCUUAGAAAGACAUUGGAACUUAUCAUUCCCUAUUGUUAUACACUGCAUAAAGAAAUUAUUGCAAGUUUCUUGCUAAUGGAAAAGCAAUGGAUACUGGAGGUUCGCUGAUAAAACCAACCUUUUAAAAAAAAGUAUCGAGUACAAAUUUUUCGCUCCAGUAACAAACUCGUAGGUGGAAGGUGUUUCUCGUUUACUUCCAAUUAUAUACCUAUUAACUCUUAUAUAGGGAAGGAGAGCCUAUCGUUCCUGGACGUGUUAUCGGAGUUCUGGCUUUAAGAGGCACUUUAUAUUCACCAUAACUACCUUAAAAUCGGCCUCUCGGACUUUUGGAUUUAUACCAGUCAUGGAAGCCAGUGAAAAGUUAACGAUACAAGCCUUGAAGGCCCACGACAAAGUCCAUCCGAAAUUUAAGUCUUCUGGUCGAAGCCUCAAACAGAAAAGCAGAGCCUCUCUUCUCUCGUCUCCUGAAGAUCCGGCUGAGGGAAAAAGUAAACAAGAUGACGGAACCACAACUCGUCGAAGUCGAACCAUGUCCACAAGUUCCCAGUCUAAGAAAUCUGAACCCGCCCAGGGUCGUCCUGGUAUCACAUUCUUCCGAAUUGUUGCCGCCACACGCGCAUGGCAACGUUUGGCUAAGAAAAAGAGCAGUCAACCACCGGCACCUAACAAACCUUUAGUUCAACUGGAAAACACGUACCAACUGGAGCCUGAUUAUAACACAGUGUUUGUUCCAAAAAAGGCGGAAAAUAUCAUCCAGGAAACAUUUAAUUCUAGGCUACAACAAGUAAAGUAUGAUUCUGUUCGAAGCAAGAUUCUUGCUAAAGAUUUGGCAACAAUCAUAAAUAGGAAGAUGAAGGACUUGGACAUUCCUCGGUACAAGACAGUAAGCUCUGUGACAAUCGUUGAGAAUAAGGGCCAAGGACUGAAAGUUGCCACGCGGUGCGUCUGGAAUACUACCACGGACAAUUACGCCACCUAUUCGUAUACUAACCAAUCACUGAUAGCGAUCGGUCACGUGCAUGCCGUAUAUUAUGAAUGAAAAGAUUAUUUCUCCCUGAAUUUUAAAAGAUAUUUUAAUUACAUGUAUAUAAUUACAUUAUUUGAAAACAUGAAUAUAAAUUUUUUGUCUCAUAAAAUUGGAGCGAA